AUGCGCUCUCUACGCUCAUUAUCAUUAUGGCUCGCGGCGAUAUCGACGGCAGGUGUCGCUCAGGCCGCGACGGCGGAUCAAUGGCGGACGAGGAGUAUCUAUCAACUAUUUACCGAUCGAUUUGCUCCACCUUCCGGUACUGCUCCAGCACGCACAUCUCCAUUACCACAAGACUGCGAUGCUGGUCUCCAGACGUGGUGCGGUGGAACAUGGCUGUCUAUCAUCGACAAGCUGGACUACAUAUCCGCCAUGGGCUUUGAUGCCAUCUGGAUCUCACCGACAUCAGAAAAUCUGGAUGUCUGGACUCCCUACAACUACGCAUACCACGGCUACUGGGUGACAGACCCCCGCAAGAUCAACCUGCGUUUUGGAUCCUCCGAUGACCUCAAGGCGCUCAGUAAAGCCGUACAUGACCGUGGGAUGUACCUCAUGGUCGAUGUCGUAGUCAACAACGUCCCCGGUCUCACCCCCAAAGACUCCUUAUCCGCCGACACGCUCAAGUCGCAAGGUCUGAUAUGGGACGACCCGGCAUACUACCACAGCCAAUGCUGGAUCGACUACAACAAUGACACUUCCGUCAAGAACUGCUGGAUGGGCGACGACAAGCUCCCGCUCAUGGAUGUCAACACCGAACACCCAACUGUCAUCUCGACGCUCCAAAGCUGGGUCAAGGACUAUGUCAAGGAGUAUGGCAUCGAUGGAUUGCGUGUUGAUGCGGCCAAGCACGUCCCCGGUGUCUUCUGGCAGGGCUUCUGCGGCGCUUCCGGUGUUUUCUGCAUGGGCGAAGUCUACGGCGACGACACCCCUUACGCGGCCAAGUUCCAGACCGAGAAGUGGAUGGACUCGAUCCUCGGCUUCCCAUACUACUACGGCCUCGUCAAGGGCUUCGGAACACCCAUGGGCAACAUGACGGGCUUCAUCGACUCAUUCAAUACCGUCCUCUCUUCCUUCCCCGAUCCAGGCCUCCUCGGUAAUUUUAUCGAGAACCACGAUCUUCCCCGGUGGCGCAAUACAACCGUUGAUCCCCAGCUCGGAUGGAACGCUAUGGUCGCCCAGUUCGUCUUCAACGGUAUCCCCACCGUCUACUACGGGCAGGAGCAGGACGUCUCGUUUGGCGCAAACGAUCCGUACAACCGCGGAGCGCUCUGGCCGACCAAGUACGCCAAUACCACCACGUACAACCGGAUCGCUCGUCUCAAUGCUAUUCGCUCGGCCGUCAUCACGAACGGGACCAGCUUCAACGGGACCAGCUUCAUGCAGGCUACAAGUCGGAUAGCGGCUAGUACAGCCAACGACGUGGCUAUUCGCCGUGGACCCCUUCUUGCUGUUCUCACCAACCGCGGCAGUCCCCCUCAGAACGCCUCGUUCGGUAUCAACAACUCUGGCUGGCCAUCACAGUCAAGCGUCAUCGACGUCCUGUCCUGUCGCUCCUUCACGGUCGGUACAGGCGGUACCAUCUCGGUAUCCUACUCUGCUUCAGGGUACGGCGGGAUGCCAUAUGUCUUCAUGUCAUCUCAAGACGUCCAGAAUCUUCGUCUUUGCGACUACACCGGUAUCGCCCAGUCCACGAACUCCACCAUCAAUGUCAACACAACUACCAAGUCAUCAGCCCUCCCAGCAUCCCAGCUCGGAUGGGAAAGAAGCAUCGCGGCUGUUCUGGGCGCAUUAGCACUUGGGGCAGUAGCAGCGCUGUAG